AGGUGGGCCCCUUUGGGUGGAUGAGCGAAGUUUGGAAACUUUGGACCGUCAAAAAAAGGCGAGUUAUUAGGUGGUUGCGGGGAGCAGAGAGGAGCGAGAGGCUGAGAUAGCAGCCAAAGCAGAAAGAAGAGGCAAAAGGCUGCUUGGGUGAUACAGAAAGGACGGCACAAUGUCCCGCAAAGGUUGCAUCGCUGUCACAAAGUACUUCCUUUUCCUCUUCAAUUUCCUCUUCUUUCUCCUCGGAGGACUUCUGUUUAGCUUUGGCUUAUGGCUACUUUUUGAUCGGGACAGUUUUGCGGCUGUUCUAGGGUCGGCGUAUUAUGCCCUCAAGAUCUGGUCCUAUAUUUUCUGUGGGGUCGGCAUCCUCACCAUGUGGAUGGGAUUCCUCGGAUGCCUGGGUUCCCUCAAGGAAAUCAAAUGUAUGCUAGGAUGUUAUUUCGCCUUCCUGCUCCUUCUCUUCCUGGCCCAGAUCAUCAUUGGAAUCUUGGUAUAUUCGCAGAGCAAAACGCUCAACACAAAGGUUGGUGACUAUGUCACAGAAAUAAUUGAGCACUAUGGGACGUAUGAUCCGUCCACGGAUGAGGAGGAGAGCUGGGAUUAUGUGCAGACGCAGCUCCAGUGUUGCGGGUGGAUCCUCUCCAAUGACUGGAUGGAGAACAGCAUAAUAAAGAACUCCUCUUACAACCUCUAUCCCUGCUCAUGCCGCAGCAACAUCUCUCAGCCUGGCCAGCCAGGGAACAGCACUACCGCUGCCCCCACCACGAGGCCGAAGAUCGCAGGCUUCUGUAACUCUUACGGGCAGCCAUGGUCCGUCUAUGAGAUGGGCUGCAUGGAUGGUGUCCAGACCUGGCUCACAAAUAACAUCGUCACCAUUGUGGGGAUCAGCCUUGGGAUUGCGCUCCUGGAGCUCUGCCUCAUGACGCUAUCGAUGUUUCUGUGUAGGACCAUCGGGCCCAACUAUGACAAGCUCACUCGCUAUUCCUAGGAGGCGAAUCGCCACUUCCCAGAGUUCCAGACUUUAUAGGGGGCGGCAAUGGAAUCCAUCCCCUUAAAUUCAAAACUUUCCACGUCAGGGCUGCAAGGUGCCUAUGGAGAUUCUCUACCUAAUCUUUCCUUUCACAGAGCUGGGAUUGGUUCUACCAUAACCUUGGUAAAAGAAAUCGAACUUUCAGGAGUUGCGAGAAUCCAUUACAAUACCCUGCGGAACUCUUCAUACAGCAAAACAGAUGAUUUAGCCCUUAAAUCAUCUCCCCCAAACCACAAGCUUAUCCAUUCCGAAAUUUGAUGUAAAAAAUGCCAAAAGAUUUGGUCCCGACGUUUUUCUGAUUAUUUUAGCUCUUGAGUGUUUAGUUCGUGACAUCCAAGGCCAGAGCCUGCUUCAGCACUGUUUGGCAGAAUAAAGAGUUCACUGCCAGGCUUGAGUGGAUUACAAAACGUAACUUGGAAAGCAAAUGUUUUUAAAGGUAUUUUUAAACUAAUAAUAACAACCAUAACAAUUCUAUUGACUGUUCCUUAAUAAGCUUGUUUCGGAAUUAAUCCUGCUUUUUGUAGUACGAAAACAAAGCUGAUGUUAAAAUGUUUAAAUUUUAUUUAGCAGCGAAAGGGGAAAAAAGUACUGAGAACUUGGACGAGCCAUGCUUUUGAGCGAUGAUGCUCAGGUGCUUAGUGCAACCUUUUGAAUUAGGGGUGGGGAACCUGUGGGCCUCUUGAUAUUGCUAGCUAGACUAAAACUCUCAUAAUCUCUGGCCCUCCUAGCUGGGGCUGAUGGGAAUUGUACUCCAAAACAUAAGGGGAGUGCCUGUGAAAUUCUUUUAACCCACUCAGUUUACACCUUGUACUGUAAUGUCUAACCCAGGGGUGAGCAUUCUGUUGUCCUCCCAGCUGCUGGACUCCCAACUCCCAUCAUCCCCAACUAUCACAGGCAGUGGUCAGCCAUGAUGGAAGUUACAGUCCAGCAGCAUGAACCACAGGUUGCCCACUCUUGCUCUGUCACCUUGGCUGGAUUUGACUGGCACAUGCUGAAAAUGCCUAGGUAACAACAGCCAUUGUCCCCUCCAAUCUUCCCCCUUCCAGCCGUUAGAAAACUUCCAACCUCUGUUCUGAAGCCCUUCUCUAAUCCGCAGCCCUGAUCUCCCCCUCCCAUUUUCUGUUUGUUAAUUCUGUCAUUGCGCACGUUGAGACUGUGGGCUUCCCCGGCGUGGAAAGUUUGGUCCAAUUUUUUGUCUCUCACAAUCUUAACGCAUGCACACCCAAGCUAGCUUGCCUGCACAGGAGGUGGGGAACCUGUGGCCGUCCAGAUGUUGUUGGGCUCCCAACUCCUGUCACCCCAAACAGGUUCAACAUCUGGAAGGCCACAGGUUGCCUUCCAACAGUUUGGAUGCACUUACCAUUCUCAGAUCAUUCUCAGAGCGAGCGUAGCCAGCUCUGGUAAAGACGUCUUCAUUGUGAACCCUUGACAUCCCAGGGAAGGAGGAAAACUUUGCUUGUCUGGGGCAUGUGUGUCUGCCAGGCAAGCUCCAGAUUUGAGGGGGCUGUGGGGCAUUGUGGAAAAGUUAAAAUGGCCUCUAGAUCCAGCAUCAAGACUAAGAAACAAGUAUUUUAAGGGGGACCAAGGACAGGUAUUUCUCAUGGGUCCUGCUUGGACACUUCUAGGUCUUGGCAGCUGCCCAACAAGGCCAUGUUCUGCUCUCAGUCCUGUCAAUGUGUGCAUAUGUACAUUGGUGGUCUCCCAGAACUUUGGCUGGAGCUAUAGAAGCCCCUUCUCCCCCGUCUUGGUAACCAUUUGGAAAAGUUGCACCCAACUCGCAUCAUUUGUCAUUACUUUUCUUAUCCUGCUCCACUUGUUUAUACCUGCACAUUGUCCGAUGGGAAAGCCCAUUUAUCACACUUGCUACAUGUGUUGUGUAUCUGUUUAUGCAUACAAACCACUUGGAUGUUUGACAAUAGUAGAGUCGUGAGGGAACACAGGUUAAAAGGGAGGACGCUGGUGGAAUGAGGUACGCAUAUAUGAUUCCACCUUUAUCCGUAGCUUGUUGCUUCUUAACAGUAUUUGGGGUUGUUUUGUGCAUUUUGUGGGUUGGGUUUUUUAUUAUUAUACUGUUUUGUAAAUAAAUAAAUAAAAAUCCCUGAAUGGC